AUGGACCACCUCCCGAAAUUCCGCAGAAAACCAAAGAUCCCCACAAUCUCGACAACGGACGUCAAACCCCCUCCGUCCCGCACCAACGGCGCCGGCAUUCUCGAGCAGCACGACAACAGCUCCCCGCAACAAAUAUAUCCCCCCUCCACGACAACGGUCACCGUCACCGGCGGCACGCCGCCACCCACGGCCGACCGCCGCUCCCCGACCCCGACCAAGCCGGGCCUGCGCAAAUCCGCCUUCCGCGGCCUACACCUCCGCAGCUCCGCCAAACGCGCCCGCUCCCCGCCGACCACGACGUCCUCCCUCCCCUCGCCUCCCGCGGUCAUCUCGCCCCCGCGCGGCGGCCUCGACGGCGCGAGGGAUGCCGAGAACACCACAUCCACAACCACGACGACCAACGAGCCGACAAAACCAAAGAUCCCCGCCUUCCUGGAUCUCCCCACACCAGGUAGGAGCCCCUCGCGGAGCCCCUCCCGCUGGAAACCCUCCAGCAGAAAACGAGGCCUCGGCGCUGACCAUGACAUGUCGCGGCUCCCCGCAGAGCUGGAGAACAAGUUCCACGAGCUCGUCUGGCAGGAACGCAACCGCCUCGCGCUCGGCAUGGCGCCCCCCACCCCGACGACCACGGACCCGGACGCCGGCGCCGCAGCGGCGGCGGCAGCGACGACGACGACAACAUCAAAUACGGACGACUCCUGCAAAUGGGGCUCCUACAAACAGACCGACCUCCGCCGCGGCGUCCAGGACCGCUACUUCAACAUCAAACCAUGGAACCACAACCGCGUCAAGCUCCGCGUCGCCCCCGACGAACUCGACUACGUCAACGCAUCCUCCAUAUCCCUCCCCUCCCCCUCCAACCCCUACCUCCCGCCCCUGCGCUACAUCGCCAUGCAGGGCCCGACCCAGGCCUCCCUCGACUUCGUCUGGCGCAUGGUCGCGGAACAACUCUCCUCCCCCGUCGUCAUCGUCCAGCUGACCAGCAUGUUCGAGAACAACCAGCCGAAAUGCUUCCCCUACCUCCCCAUGGACGACACCUCCCCUCCCUGGACCCUCAACGAGACGGACGGCUGGAACGACGGGUGGUCCGCCACCCUCGCCUUCGACUCCCUCCAGCUCCUCGAGGACGGCGCCAUCGAGGUCCGCAAGCUCCGCCUCCGCGUCGGCGACGAGCUCGAGGACAGGGUGGUGUGGCACAUGCUCUACACCAAGUGGCCCGACUUCGGCGUCCCGGCCGUCGACGACCUCGCCAGCUUCUUCACCCUCAUGCGGCUCUCGCGGGAGUACAACGCCGGCGCCGGCGAGGACGCCGCCCCGCGCAUCAUCCACUGCAGCGCUGGCGUGGGCCGCACCGGCACCUUCAUCACGCUGGAGCACCUCAUGCGCGAGCUCGAGACGGGGGCCCUGGAGCACGGUGGUGAGCAGGAGGACCCGAUCUACGCGACCGUCGACUGCCUGCGCGAGCAGAGGCGGAGCAUGGUCCAGGCCGAGGCGCAGUACCUCUUCCUCUACCAGGUCCUCCGCAAGCUGUGGCAGGACAAGUACGACGUGGCCGAGGACGGCGGCGGCGGCAGCGACGGGGACAGCAGCGGGGGCGAGCCGGCGGCGAAACGGCUCGAGGUGGAGGGGGAGUCGUCGGAUUGA